UUGACGCCGCUGUUCGGAUCGUUGCCGUUGGAAUCGACGAAUCUCUCUCAACUCGUGGAGUGUGUGUGUGUGUGUGUGUGUGUGUGUGUGUGUGUGUGUGUGUGUGUGUGUGUGUGUCGUCCGUACAUCCCGAGUAGUGCGUCGCAGGGCUUCGAGCGCUCUGCUGCAACCCCCACCAUGGAUGAGGCUUCAAGUGGUGGUGAGGGUAGCGAUGCUGACCUCGCGCUAGAUCCGCCUCACCUCGAGGACUCCCAAAUGGGAGGCUUUCACGACGACGACGACGAUGACGAUGAUGAUGAUGACUCCCUGGCUGAGGAUGAUGUUGAUGACGACGAUGAUCAGGGCGAGGGUGACCUUCGUGCUGGUGAUGGCCAGGAAGGUUAUGUCCUCGAGGAUAUCAACCUUCAGCCCGAGGACCUCAACAAGAUCCUGCGCACCAUGGUGGCCCUCUCCGGCAUGCCCGGCGUCUCUCUCUUUGAGCUGAGUAAUCGCCUCUACACCAGCUUGCCCAGUGUCCCCAGCGACCUUUCCUUAGACUCUGUCGCCAUCGCCGAGCUGCUGGCCACGCGCUCCACGCACGACGUUUUCUUUGUCUUGCAGGUCAAGCGAACCUCAGCCCCACAAAGUCAUUGGCGUGCGGGACAAGAUCCCAAGCUGGGCCUAGUCGGUCUGCAGUUUGAAAACGAUAUUGAGCGCUGCUUGAUCCCGAUUGAGCACAUCAUGGACCGACUGGAACAUCGAGCAAUGCUCUUUAGCACUACACUCAAUUUGAAUCAAGCGCUGGAGCUGCUGCCCGAUCAAGAAUCACAAGCCAUCAUCACCAACGCUAUCAGCGCACACGUGGGCCAUGCUCUCGAAUUUGAAAUCCGCGUCGUUCCUGCCUGGCCUCUGAUCAGCCAUACUCAGAUGCCGAUGAUGUCACAUCAAGCCAGCUUCCUACCCAUGCUGGGUGACCUCGGCUGGGCCAUUAUCCAGUUUGUAUCGCGUUUCGGACACAGGGGCGUCUUGCACAAGGACUUGGUUUCCACCUUUGUGGAUCGGGAGCGCAUCGACAUCAACAGCUACCUCAACGCCUUUGUCGACCGUAAACUGGUACAGCGUUGUGAUUUGGCCGUUCGCAGCGUCAAGGCGCCUGUGUAUAUUGGUGAUUGGCUUGAGGACGUUGAAGGCUAUGUUUUGCAGCGUGCCGCCGACAACCAACUUCUAUUACCCAAGUGCAACAAGAAACCGGCGCUCAAUCGCGUUGCCAUUCUCGAAGAGCUUGCCAUUCAUCCAACCAAAACCCUCGUUCGCUCGGAUCUUGAAUGGGCCCUGGGAGAGCGCUUUUCAACUGCCCGUUUCAACGCGUACUACAUGUCACUGCGCAAAGAUCGCUUCAUUGAGGAAUUUGCAGCCUUAGUGCAAGGGGAAGAGCACAUCUGCGUGCGGCUUUGCAUCAAGCCUUCCCAGCUGACCCGCGAAGUGUUCCACAAACGCACAGACAUUUGGCAUAACCAAGGAGCCCCCACAAGCUUUCGUCUGGUGUCGACUUAUGAGGCGCCUGAUGUUCCUGACUCAACGCAGCACGGCAAGCACAAAGUCUUGAAUCCCAACAUUUUGAUCAACCUCGCACUCCGCCGUCGACAAAUCGCGAUCGACCUUUUGAAGGAGCACAAGGUUUUGAUCAACGAUACGAACUUUGCCAAGGCCAUCUACGCCAUCGAGCUCGAGUCGGCACCUGAUACGGCCGUUUUAAUGGACCGCAAGGUCCGCAUCCGUUUGGCCGAACGCUUGGCCGCGGAUGAGGAAGCCGUGCUGUCCAAGCACGAGUAUGUGACAGCCACUGGCAAACGUGAUCGGGUUCAUCUUCUUCAGCUACCCUCCGCUACCAAAGCCGAUGUCAUCAAAUGUGUGCAGGAUUUUCAAGCGCAUCGCAACCCCAUCGCCACGAACCGCGCUCUGCCAGAGUUGGACAUUCAACGCAUCCAACCUCGUGCCCACCCACUUCUUGGCGAAGGGCGCCGCCUGGACGGUUCUUAUGCAGAUGAUUUUACGGGCGUGGGCAUGAUGCCCAUCAUGCCAGCAGACGAUGGCAAUGGACCGCUUGAUGAAGCCCCCGAGCCCGCCCCGAUCCAAGGCCACGAGCUGCCCUGGUAUCAAUUGUACCCCUACGAAAGCGCACGCAAUCGCUACGGCUACAUGUGUCGGCAUCAGGGGCUGCGCAUCCGUUUGCUGCACUUUUUUUUGGUGCGCCUUGUGGAGAACGAGCUGCAGACAGGAUUCGUGGGCGUUGACAAUGUCCCGGAACACAAGCGUGAUGAUCACGAUGUGACCUUGGGUGCCGCGCAACUCAAUGCCCACCAGGUGGUGCUUAGCAUGCCCCUGCGUUUGUAUCUUAGCGUCAUCGGCCUCGCACCGAAGCAGGGGCGCAAGGAUGCUAAGAUCGGCUCGCCGCUCAUCGAGAAGUACCUCGAGUCCGGAGAGAACCCUGCCAUGCGAGACCUCGAGCCUGAGGCCCGCAUGGAGGCCCUAUCCAGCUCGUAUCUCUACUUUUCGACUCAAAUAUCAGAGCUGCUACAGCUCCUGCGACCAAGUGGAUUGGUGCAUUUCGAUAACAUCACGAGCUGUGACGGCGCGGUCAAAUUUUGGGAACGUGUGCACCAAAUCAUUGAAACAACGGCUGCCAACCAUUCGGCACCUGGAGGUCUCGAUCGCGAGUUGGCAGCGGUAAUGUCCAAACCCUCCUCUUGGCUGCCCCUCGACUACCAAUCGUAUCUCGGGGCCAACGUUCCAGCGCCCUUGGGUAUUUACUUCAAACCACGCGAGCAAUUGGAGUUGGCCGGCGUCCCGCCAGAUGCUGCAACACUCAUGGCGCCGCAUGGCGCCGCACCAGCUGUACCAGCGGGCAUCCACCCAGCCGUGCCACCAGAGCCCUCGGCCAUUCCGGACGCAAUGCCCUUGCAUUCCAUCACCUCACUGACACACGGCGACCUGGGCCACGAGGUCGUUAUUGUGCCUUCAGCUUUAUCAGGAAGCCACAUUGAUCCGCAUGGUCAUAUGACCCACGCCUCGGUCAAUGCGGCAAUCAUGCCACCCUCAGCUGGCGUUUAUGAACCUUCCCAUCACCUGCCCCGCCAUGGCUCACCUGCAACGAGUGUAGAUGUGCCCCCGCCUCCUGACCACAAUGUGGGGUCGGAGCACAUGCCGCUUGACCAUGCUGAGCACCUUGAACUCGAACCUCCAGAAGGCGAGCCCGUUGGCCAUGCCUCGCAGACCGCUGAGCUGCUACACCCCACGGAUCCGCAUGCCGUUCUUGAAACGCCUCAACCAAUGGAUAUUGGAGAUGAGGCAGUUGGUGCCCCGCUUGCGAUUGAGCCUUUGCAAGAUGGAUUGGCAGUCAAUGUUCAAGACCACGUGGAUGCCAUGCAUGCUCCUCUUGAUCCAUCACAGCCAGCUUCAAGCGCUGCCCAGGACACUGGGGCUGCCACAGGAGCCCAAAAUGAACGGAGAAGUCCCCGGUCGCGAUCACCGCGGAACGGCAAACGCACAGCGGAUGGCGCUGACGGUCCCGGCGACCAGGAUGGUCCUAGUGAUAAGCGCAGCAAACACCGAUCAGCUCACAAUUCUCCCCAACAAGCACGCCCUAGCUCACCUCCCGCACCAAGCCCAGACGGUGCUGGCCCUCAGCAGCGCCCAAGGCACAGCCCUUCGGAACGUAACCGUACCGACACCCAGGCUUCUACUCGACAAUCCACGCCAACGCGAACGCCAACGGCUGCCACCGAAGAAGGUGCCGAGGAAGAUAUGGGGGGUGCUGCUGCUGAAGGCGCCGGCGGUGACGGAGCUGGUGAUGAGGACGACGAUGAUGGUGGUGAAGACGAAGACAGCGAUCGCGCACAACAUUGUGAUGAAGAUCGCAGCAUCACCAGCAGCGUUGGUGGCGUCGGUCACGCAGAGGAGAAGGAGGAGGGUGACGAGGAUGAUUUUUUCGAGGAUAGCGAGCACGAGAGCAGCACUCAGCAUGAUGAUGACGGUGAUGAUGAAUACGUGAUCGAUGAUGAUGAUGAUGACGAUGAUGAUGACGAUGACGAUGAUGACGACGACGAUGACGAUGGUGAUGACGACGAGGAUUAUGAAGCUGAUGAUGGCGAUGAUGAUGAUGGUGACGACACUGAACAGGGCGAUAUCAACAAUGGUGGCGUGGAUGACAACGACGCCACGGCUCUGGAGCAUGGCCCACAAGGAGGAUCGCGUGGCAUCAACAGUCGCCUGCGGCAUCGCAAGCGCGGGCGUCUGCAACCGGUGGACCUCAGCACGAUGGUUGAGGAGCAGGUUCGCGAAGGCGAACAAGAUCCAGGCAGCAUUCUAGAUAAGCCCAGCAAGCUCACCCGAAAUGAGGAACAUGCGGUUCGGCUUCUCUCCCUGUUGGACGCUGAUGCCCAAGAGUCCCAACUGCAGAGCAUUGCCAUGGAGGCCGACCUUGACCUCAACCGCGUCAAACAGCUCUUCAUGCGUCACAUCCGGGCCCUGGCUGCGGCCAAGAAAGCCAAGCCCCGUACCCUGCUAAAGCCUAACCCCGGCACCAUUGAGCCUUGUAGCAAGAAAGUCAAGCGACGCAAUAGAACACGGCCCAGCACUGGUUAUACAGCGGAACAAGAUCAGUUUUUGAUGGUGAUAUUUGCCCUCAGCCAAGAGCUCAAUUUGGCAGUUGAUUGGACGGAGAUUCUGAAGUUAUUCACGAGCCGCUUUGCAACUCGGCGAAACGGCGAGGAGCUCCGCCGUCGCCAUGUUCAACUUGUGCGUCAGAAAAACAACGUUUUGGACGCUGGCAUCUUUGUGGGAGAGCGCUUACCAUCCGCAUUGCGUGGCUUGACGACCUGGAGUGAUCCUCAAAUCGCGACUUGCCUUGAUAAUCUGCUAGCAGACCUGGCGGCACGCGACGACGUCCCGAUUGCCAUGCUCUUACCACCGUCCAUCGAGGAACUCAAGGCCAAGUUCACAGUAUCUUAUCCCUCUUCGACUUCUGCGCAUUUGCCUGCGCCCUUUGGCUCAGCUCUGGACGACGCAUUAACUGAGCAGCAUCACGUCGGUGCCACUUUGUUCUUACAUUGCAUCUGGAGCAGUCACUUGGCGCGCUCUGAUGGGAGCAGUGCCCCAAACAAGAUGAACAAGUUGGCAAAGUCUUUUGCCCAGUCACUACCUGAAGACGUGCGGCAGCAGGUUGUUGAAGCCCUUGUGGCCGACGGCGUUGUGGCCACCUCGUCCAAGCGCAAAACUAGUCCUUUGUCACCUGCCUCAUAUGUGUUUGGUCCCAAAGGACAAGCCUUGCUCAAGACCGAAUGGGGUCCUGACUUGCUGCGGCAGACGCGCGAAGCACUUGAAGGGGUGUUGCACACUGGAAAGCUAGUCGUCACUCAGGACCCCUUGCCUGCGGGCACUGUCGUGGUUUUGAGUGAGGCAGUCCAAUGCCAUCAGGUGCAGGGCGAAAUGAGCUUUCGCCCACCCCCAACUGGCUCUAUUGGCGAGAACAAGCACAGUCGCGACGUGUAUGACAUCCGUGGGGAUGAAGCCAUUCUAGAGACGAUGGAAUUGCCAGCCGAGGGGCUGGCCAUUGGCGAGGACUUUCAAACCGACAUCCGGCAUCGCACCCUUGAACCAGCACAGCGACGCAACUUGCCGUGCCUACACCAACCUUUGCAGAUGGUGACUACCGUGGAAGAUGCAGUUGGACAUUUAUCGCAGCUCGAUGCGCCGCUGCUCGCGGUAGCGCAAGCCAUGUGGUCGCACUUGGACGCCGCUGGUGCCGAUGGAAUGCUGCCAGCAGAGCUUGCUGCCGAUCUGACACCUUCAACUACCGCCCAACUUGAGACGGCAUUAUCGGCCCUUUUGGAGGCAGGCCUGAUAUUGCGGCUGAUACGCCUUUUGGAGCACUUGAUGCGCCCGCUCGACGCAGUGGCUUUGAUGACUUAUCUCAUCGAACUGCAAUGCAUUUCACAUGCUGUGACUGUCGCCCGCUAUCGGCCUCAUUUUUUCGCGCCACCUCAAGAGGGCAUGGAUCUCCGUGACAAGCAACGGUUCGGAGUCGAGUUUCUUCAGCCGGGACGCGUUCAGGUGCUCUUGCCAGCAAAACUGGCAUUGUCCACCUUGGCCAUGAAUGUCAACCAAACGCUUUGAUCGAUCGACAGACUUGUAGCCCCCACCUCGCGGUGUCUCUUCUUGUUCUUUUUGUAUGACCGCGUGUUCCUUUCCCAAACGUUUUUCUUUGUUUUCUUACAUGAAUGAAUGACCGAACAUGUGCACGCUCCUGUGUGUGGUGUGUGCGCUUCCCUGCCUGUAUCCUUGUGUCGCCGCCAGCGUGAAUUUGGGCCAUCGUGUUUGCCUGAGAGGCGGGUACCUCCUGACGGUAUCACCGCAUCUACUCGGCCGCGUUUUGAAAACGGCUGCGCCACAUCGUUGUCGAGCCAACAUUGUUGUAUGUCUUUGACUGACCGAUAAUUGAUUCGAGUUGAG